GGGGGGGGGAGUCAUUCCUGCAGGCUGGCGUCGAAGUUCGCUGCGCCUCCGGGCUCUCGAGUUCGCCUUUUCUUCCCCUCGUCGUUUUGACUGCUGCUCCGUUUUCUCUCUGGGCGCUUCUGCUGAUUCCCCUUCUUCUUCUUCUCUCCUUCCGUGCCUCUUCCUCCUCCUCCUCCUCCCGCCGCCCCUGCUCCCUUCUCCCUCCUCUCCGCCCCGUCUCUCCUUUUCCUUGGCAACCGCCCUUCUUACAGGGAGAGGCUAGUGGUUAGAGCUGAAGCUGGAUGGAUGGUUAUGGGGAAAGGGGCAAGCGCCAAAGCCCUUGGACCGAUCCAGUUCCUCUGGUGGCUCUCCAUCUUCCCCGCAGCAAUGUCUCCCUGCAAGAUCAUGAAGUGCAACUCGGAAUUUUUGGCCGCAACCUCCGGGACGCAGCCCCCGGCCCCGGAGGAUGCUCCUGAAUUCUGCUCUGCCCUGCGUGCCUAUGCCCUCUGCACCCACCACACGGCUCGCACCUGCCGGGGAGACCUCUUCUACCACUCUGCAGUCCAUGGCAUCGACGAUCUCAUGACCCAACACAACUGCUCCAAAGAUGGGCCCACCUCCCAGCCUCGCCUCCCCCCGCUGCCCCGGGGUGACAGCCAGGAGCGCUCGGACAGCCCCGAGAGCUGCCAUUAUGAGCGUAGCUUCCACAAACACUCCUUGCGCUCCAACUACACCCACUGUGGGCUGUUUGGAGACCCCCACCUGCGGACAUUUUCGGACAGCUUCCAGACAUGCAAAAUCCAAGGGGCCUGGCCGCUCAUCGACAACAACUACUUGAAUGUGCAGGUCACCAACACUCCUGUCUUGCCUGGCUCACUGGCAACGGCCACUACCAAGCUCACUAUCAUUUUCAAGAGCUUCCAGGAGUGUGUGGAUCAAAAGGUGUACCAGGCAGAGAUGGAUGAACUCCCAGCAGCCUUUGCUGAUGGCUCCAAGAAUGGCGGUGACAAACAUGGUGCCAAUAGCCUGAAGAUCACCGAGAAAGUCUCCGGCCAACACAUUGAGAUCCAGGCCAAAUACAUUGGCACCACCAUCGUAGUGAGGCAAGUUGGUCGCUACCUCACCUUUGCUGCCCGGAUGCCAGAGGAGGUCGUGAAAGCUGUGGAGGACGGAGACAACCAGGGCCUCUACCUCUGCCUCCGGGGUUGUCCACUCAACCAACAGCUGGACUUCCACGCCUUCCCUUCUACCCCAAAGGCUACUGAAAACCGCCCUCGCUGGAAGGGUUCAAACCCAUCUUCUUCACCAGAGGUCUUCACGUACGAAUCAGCCACAGCCAAAUGCAAAGAGAAACUUCCAGUUGAGGACUUAUAUUUCCAGUCCUGUGUCUUUGACCUCUUGACCACAGGUGACGUCAACUUUACCCUGGCUGCUUAUUAUGCUUUUGAAGAUGUCAAGAUGCUCCACUCGAACAAAGACAAGCUUCAUCUGUUUGAAAGGACACGAGACUUGGAGUCGGGGGAUACGGCCACCUCCGAGUUUUCCAUGGCUCUGCUUCUUUCGCUCUUGGCAUUCCUGUACUUGAAUCAAAGUCCAUCCCUUUUCUUGUAGACUGGCCAUAGACACACCUGGUUGAGUUGGGAAACUGAGGAACACUAUUAUGGUUUGGGGCAAGUGUGAAACUGAAGCAACCAGUGAUUGUGUUGUGUCGACCCAGCUAUGUCUGGAAAACAAGGCAUUGAAUGACUUUGCAUCUUGCUGUCAACGAAGGCUUCCCCCCAUGUGGAAAGGUUGCCAGGGGACUAGAGGUCACAUCAGCCCCCUUUCUUCUUCCUCCAGUUGCUACGGAUGAUGGAGAGCUCUUGCUUCUCAUUUUUCCUUGAACACCCCUUUCCCUGACAACGGCAUUUAUAUAAUAGUGUUUGGAGAGGCAACUAGAACUGUUGCUUCUGGACUGUGCAAAUUGUGGCUUGGAGACAACUGUUCAAAGACUGUUCAAAGAGUCCUUAAGUGGGCAGGCAUGGGCAGAGUCCCACGGCAUCCUCCUCAUGGAAAAUGAGUUUGUGUGGUUGCAUCCUUGUGCAUGGGAGCCCGCUGGUGCACACCUCUCUCCAGACUGACUUGGGCAGCUGCUGGCAGCUGCUGUUGGGUGGGUGGAGGUGUAUCAGUGGUAUUUCCCUCUGCUUCCAGAGGGAUGGUGUCUGGGAACCGGUCUGCAAGGUUGUGAUUGUCCCCUUGUCCAUCCUCUGGGCAAACACCACCCCUACACACUCAUUUCCUUCCUGCCUGCUCCAUUUUAGUCUCCUUCAUAGAAAAUGGCUUCCUUUUGCUUUAGCAGAGAACGAAGUGGGGAGGAGUGGGUGGAGUUGCCCUGGUUUCAUGGGCAACGUGAGCAGAUUGUGUUCCAACUCUUGGGCGUGGUUCGAGAACCACAGUGCUUGCCCUGUUUUCAGACCCGUUGUCCACUCCUGUCCUGGUACUUAGGAAAAUAAGCUAGGGAACUAGGCCAGUAUUACGCCAGUCUGUGCCACCUCCAGGUGCAAAGCUUCUGGUUUACAUAAUGCUCAACUCUUUCAUUUUGGAAAACAAACUAGGCCUAUCUAUAGGAGAGCUGCAACAUUGUUUUCAGCUGUGUCGGUUUUCGGAUCAUAGUUGCACCUUCUUCCCCAGUGACUUCUUCCUUUCUGCUUCUGCAGUGGGUAUCAUGAGCUGUUCCGGUCACUCCCCUGCUGUGAAGGCUGGUAGCUGAGUGGGUGGCAUUACUGUACCAUUUGGGUCUUGUGUUAUCUUCAGGAAGCUCGCUCCAAAUUGAGCAGCCAAUUUAAGCCAAAAAAAUUGGGCUGUGCGUUUCCCAGAAGACGGAUAGGCCUCAUAAACAAUGCCACUGUUUUAUUUGAGGGAUGAAGGUGGAAAUGGAAGGUCUGUCUCAGUAUUUUGGAAACACCAGUUUACAAGAUGGACCCACUUUACGUUUGAUUCCUUGUAUUUUUCAUUGUACAAAACCUGAGCUAAGGAUUUUCUGAAAUGUUCUGUUGGGUUGAGGUCAAGGUGCCAGAUGAGAAGUCUCCCAUUCUAAAACUUAUCCUGAUCUCUUUCUAUUUUGAGUAUAUAUCAGGGUGGGUGUUUCCCCAUCCUUGGGAAGGGGAUGUAUUGUGUGGGUUGGUUUGCUGUAUACAUUGACAACAUGCCAGUUUUGAAAGUGAGCUCAACCUGCUCCUAAAUUGUUAGCCCUAUCUGACCACCACAACACCAGGAUAUCCAGAUAUAUACAAAGCCUUGCUUUUCUAUACUUCAAGCAUGAACAUCUGUCUGAUCAUCUGCCCGCUCAUAUUUUAUCUUUUUUUGUACAUACAGUAAGUUGAAUGCAUACUAAAUCUCACAUAUGGUCAUUUUGCCAUCCUAAGCCCUUCUGUUUUUGAACUUCUUGGAGGAAUCAAACACUUAUUUUGUACCAAGAACAAUCCAAGUCCACUUGCCCAAUUUUCAUUGUCGAGCUGAGUCCUUUUCAUUCCAGUUUCACCGUGGGUAAUACUCAUUCAACAAAGAGACACAACGGUGUAGCCACUGGAUGCAGAUAUUUGCUUGUUGUGAUACAUAGAGUGUUGUGUUGGCCUAGCGUGAGUGAGCAAAGAGAUGGGAUUCUCCAGCUUCCUUCCUAAAAUAUUUAAAGGAACAAUUUUAUUACUUCUCUUCAUGAUUGGUUCAUAAGUGGACGUGGUUGUCUUCUCCCUUUGGUUUAUAUUAGUUGGAUAAAACCAAAUUCGGUUCACUCAGAGAGGGUCGUAAAGGAGACAGGGUGCUGUCUUCCCACAUUUUCAGAUGUCUAGAAAGUCAAGUCAAGAUGGAUGUCUCUGUGUGCCUACACUUAGCUAAAAAGUACCUUGAGCAAACAGUGCUAGGGUUUUGUAAAAUGGUAGGUUAGAAUAUCUAUCAAGUUAUGUUAAUGGUUCAUCCCACAGUAUUGUCUCUACCAGGAUGCUUACAUCCUCCACCUUCUAAAGUUGUAACUGUAAUUGCUCUGAGAGUAAUUGCAAACGUGUAAUCUAGAUGGACCUUCUCCAACUUGCUGUAGGUGUUCAAAAGAAGCUAGAAUGACACACAUCCAUCACCAUAUAAUUGCAUCUGUAAUGAAAUCAAAACACAGGUGACAUUCUGGCAUUAUUGGGACUUCUAACAAAUGCCUGUGCAAAGAGGUGUUUUCCACCGUGGCCUUUUUGACCGUAGAUUGGAAUCCCGAUAGAUUUGGAGAAGAAAGAUAGGAAAUCUGUUCCGGUACUAGUUCAAUGGAUGUCCCGGGUUGGCUGCCAUAAUUUUCAUUUAAUUUCAGGGCUUGGUGGUACCGGGGGGGGGGGGCAGGCUGUCCACACAGCACCUGGUUGCCAAGCUUUAUCACCGUUGACCCUUUUUAAGAUAGAAGUUUAGGUAAAUCAUAGAUGGUAGAUCACAGGGAUGAAUGACUGUGGGGACUGAAGAUCAGCUUGCCUUCAUAAUUCAUGCAUGCUUAGAUAAACCCAUGGCACCUGUUCCCAUUCAGUUCUGAAACACAAUGCAUUAGCACACUAGUUGUCCAGUUUUUCCAAGACUUUCUCCAAAUUUCCAUCAUUAUCUCUUGCAGCUUCUUCCGAGCUAUGACAGAAGAAAUGCAGUGCAAUUUUUUUUUAAUGUUUUGCCCAAGUAGCAUUUAGGGAACUGGAUAAACCAUAUAUGGAAAUCUUUGGACGACUUUAUACACUUCAGCAAAGGAAACCUGAGAUUUAUGAGACUUAUGUUUGCAAUGAAGGUGAGAACUUGCCCCUCACGUGAAAUUUUUCUCAAAAUAGCCUUCCCCCAACCCAGAUGCUUCUAGCCAUGCUAACUACAACUCCUAUAAUCCCCAACCAAUGAUGUCACUACGAGAGGAGGGGGAUUUUAAUCCAAAUUAACUGGCCACUAUCAAAAUGAUAGGGUUUUUUCUUUUAGCAUUUCCUAAAUCAAAAUUCUUAAAAACAGUAAAAUUUUAUAAAUGGGGAGGUUUUUCUUAACCAAUUUUUCCUCAUUCCCUUCAAUUUAUUUCUCUGUGGUGAGCUCUAAAACCAUUUCCCAGGUAUUGCAAUAUCGUUUCUGAAGUCUCUAAUUAUUAGCAAAGCACUUUAUUUUUUUUUAUUACCUUCAGCCAAAUUUUGGCUUCUGAGUGAAGUCAGCCAAUGUGACCCAACAGGCUCAAAACGAAAAUCUGAACAGCGACGGGGAAAGCGCAUAACAAACACACUGCCUCCCUUUCCAGUUUAUUGCAUGUGUGUGGAAAUUGUAUGGGGUGUUGUGAUGUAAAUACUGUAAAUUAUUUAUUGAUUAAAAAAAAAACACAAAUUUCUUUUUCUUCCCAA